AUGUUUCGCUAUUCGCCUCAUGGGCUGGCGCUGAGACUGUUGACCGGUGCAGGCCGUGUGCCCAGCUGCACAACACCAACAAGACAGGCGUCCAGACUACAUCGAAGAUCCCCCUCCUCCCCGCCGCCUGUCGCAGUUGCCCCCUCACCACCAAUACCACCACCAAAACCAAGACCACCACCAUCCCCACCGCCGUCAUCCAUCACAUUGCGUGAGUACCAGGAAGAAUGCAUCCAAGCCGUACUCUCCUACCUUGAGGCUGGCCAUAAGCGUCUGGGUGUUUCACUGGCCACGGGGUCUGGCAAGACCGUCAUCUUCACUCAUCUCAUCGACCGCGUCCCCGCUGUAGGCAAUGCCUCGCAGACACUCAUUUUGGCCCACCGCCGCGAACUAGUCGAGCAGGCGGCGCGUCACUGCGCCUACGCAUACCCAGACAAACAUGUCGACAUCGAGAUGGGCAAGGUGCAUGCUUCGGGCGCCGCUGACAUAACAGUCGCCUCUAUCCAGAGCAUCACUUCCGGUGAUCGACUGGCAAAAUUCGACCCAUCGAGGUACAAGCUCGUCCUUGUAGACGAGGCACAUCACAUUGUCGGCCAAACCUACUUGGAUGUGCUCGAGCACUUUGGUCUGAGGCAUGUUGCCGACUGGACUGGAGUCACCGUCCCAGCCCUGGUCGGUGUCUCAGCUACUCUUUCACGUUUCGAUGGCAAGAGACUUGGGACUGUCAUCGACCACAUUGUAUAUCAUCGUGACUACGUCGACAUGAUCGAAGAGAAUUGGCUUACCGAUGUCCUUUUCACAACGGUGGAGAUCAAGGCUGAUUUGACCAAAGUGAGCACUGGCGCCAAUGGUGACUUCCAGACGGCCGCCUUGUCCCAGGCUAUCAAUACCAACGAAACCAACGAUCUUGUCAUCAGAACCUGGUCAGCCAAGGCCAAGGGUCGCAACUCGACUCUCGUUUUUUGUGUAGAUCUAAGCCAUGUCACCAACCUCACCAAUAAUUUUCGUGCAUGUGGUGUGGAUGCCCAGUUCGUCACUGGCGAUACGCCUGCCAAGAUUCGAAGUGCUAGAAUCGAAGCGUUCCGAAGAGGAGAGUUUCCUGUACUGCUCAAUUGUGGCGUCUUUACGGAAGGAACAGAUAUUCCAAAUAUCGACUGUGUGUUGCUUGCUCGCCCCACCAAGUCUAGAAAUCUGUUGGUCCAGAUGAUUGGCCGUGGUAUGCGUUUGCACAAGGACAAGGAGAAUUGUCAUGUCAUCGACAUGGUGGCUGCGCUGAGCACAGGGGUCGUGUCAACACCGACACUCUUUGGUCUUGAUCCUGCUGAGAUUGUCGACCUGGCGGACAUGAAGAAAAUGACGGAGCUCAAGGAACGGAGAGAGUCAGAAAAGCAACGUGAGGCGCAAGCUGCAGCAGUAAAGCAGAAAACAAUAGCCACAAAGCUGCCUGGCACAGUGACCUUCACUGACUACGACUCUGUUCACGAUCUGAUAGCCGAUGGGACUGGCGAUCAGUAUAUUCGCAACCUGAGCCAGAAUGCAUGGGUUGGCGUGGGAGACGGCAAAUAUGUUCUGACGGGCAACAACGGCAACUAUCUGAUCAUUGAACCGUCUGACAAGUCCGAGGGAUGUUUCAGGGCCAAGUGUUACUGGAAACUGCCCGCGGACAAGAAGGUCAAAAGUCCUUAUGGUACACCCCGCACCAUCGCUGAAGGAGAGUCAUUUGAGCACGUGGUGCAUGCUGCUGACACGUACGCUGCCGACGCUUUCGAGCACAUGUGGAUCUACAAGAACCAAGCCUGGAGAAGAGGGCCUGCAUCACAAGCUCAAGUGGAUUUCCUUAACAAAUUUCGACCAAAAGAAGAUGCUUUGAAGCCUAGCGACCUCAGCAAAGGCAAAGCGGGAGACAUGAUCACGCGUAUCAAGCAUGGUGUCAAGGGUCGAUUUGACAAGGCGAGCACGAAGCAGAGGGUAGCUAAGCGCACAAAAGAGCGUGCAGAGUCUUUGCACCAGAAACUGCAAGGCCAAGUGCAAGUUGGCCCAUUAAACCCCUGA